AUGCAGAAAAGGAUCUCAUGGCAUUGGCCGCCACAGCUUGCAAUUCUUACCUGUGGGGUGUGGCUUGCACUCGGGGACAGAGUGAAGGUCUCGUCAGUGCUACCGCAGCACGGCAGCAUCGCUGGUGGCACGCACAUCGUGGUGCUGGGAAGUGGAUUUCGAGACCCGAGCGGUCCCAACCCCUUCGGCUUCCAGUCGGUGUCCGUCGGUGGCGAGCCAUGCACCAUUCUUGAGGACUUUACGACCUCGGAGCAGAUUCUCUGCGAGACGCCUGCUGGACAUGAAGGUCCACCAGUUCCGGUCUGCCUCAGGUUGCAUGCCGAUGGACCGUGUGAGCCGAGCUGUGCUGGUUGCAGAUUUCAAUACACAGAGGAGGAGACCCCGUACAUUUCGUGGAUCUCCGGAAGGGCGCUCUCUGCUGGAGAUCAGAUUGCUUUCGGCGCAGCUGAUCCUGGAGCCUUGCAGGUCUCGGGUCUCGACCGUGCCCUCAUUGAGAUCGGCAGUUUCAUUUGCGACGCCGGGGCACAUCAAGUGCUGAAUUCAGAUGAUUUUUUCCUCGAGAGGCGGACUUUGAAUUGCGUUUUGGCGGACACCGCUGGACCUGGCCUCUCAUGGCUGCGGAUCCGGGCUCUGCCCAUGGGUUUGGAUGAUCCAAACUGCGCGCACUACCCUUGUACAGACCACAGCAGCCAGCCACGGGGCUUUGGAUUCGCUGUCUUCCGCGCGUGGCAGGGCCAGGCAGAACUGCCGCCGGCAUUUCUCGACGGCGACUUCAAGCCAUACGAUUUGACAAUUCAUCCCGACAUCCUCGGGAUCAGCCCAGGUUUUUCCGGCAUUCUUGGUGGAGCGACAAUCAACAUAUCAGGAAGAGCUUUCGAUCCAAACGUGAGCAAAACGACGGUUAUGGUUGGCACAGAGCCUUGCCAAAUCACGCAAGUCCUGCCGGGGAUGCUGAUGUGUGAGCUGGCAGACCUGCAAGAGAAUGUCAGCUGCAUUGACUUCGAGGUCUUUGUGGGUGGAAGUCCCUUCGCAGGUACGAAAUCAAUCCAGUACAAUGCGAACGUCAUGGAAAUAGCUUCAUGCCCCCAAGCAGAGGGCAAGGGUGCAGACUUUGGAAGGCAAUUUACAGUGAGCAUGAACAUCUCUAGCCAACGUGGCUACUACUGGACCGAGGACUCCUGCCAAGCUGAAGGGCAACACGUCAGGGGCGAGAUGGUCGCGAGUAGCGAGGAAAGACUGACUUUCUGCUGUGCUAUGGAUGGGACCACGUGCGAGGGCCCUCGAUUUGGCCAGGUGACGACGUCUUUGCCAACAUAUUGGGAAGGAUGGGGAACCUGGGUGCAAAUUGGAACGACGACAGAAAAUCCCAUGUUCGGAUCAUGCUUACCACCGCUGCCGCACCGGGACGCGCUCCGCACCUGCGAGCUGAAGGGCAUGAGGUUGUGCACUCGCAUGGAGUUGAACUCUGGCCUUUGUUGUUCGGCCGACUGCAGCUCCAGUGACGGCACAGCUGCAUGGACGUCGGACGAGGGCUAUUUGCAGGAGCUGGUCAUCACCGCAGACGACGGCGAACCCUGGGAGGAGGAGCUGUGGAUCCGCUGUGAAGAGAAGUGUAGCUUUCCGUUCAAUGUCACGUAUCCAGACCCGGGCAACGAGACCACUACGACGACAACCAAGUAUUCACCAGCUGAGAUCGCUCUUUGGGAGUUUGCUCCAUGGCUCCGCCCGGACGACUACAUACCUCCGGAGGAACAGGAGGGCCCGGUGCCUCUGGGGCCACCGGUUCCGGAGCCGCUGCGCCCUUUUGAGUCGCCGCACUUACUGGCGCCCUUUGCCGGGAAUCGAGGCCUGCGCUACAGCCUCUACGCAAACCCGGACAACCUGCCUGUCCACCGCGCCCUAGGUUCUUCAAACGCGGGAUAUCCGCAAAGCCCCUUGAUGACCGGCACGAUGGUGGAUGUUCUGCGAGGAGCCCUUACCCACGUCAAGUUCGAUCCCAUCCCGCAGUCUGUCCGAUCUGCGAAGACAACCUAUGUAGCUGGACCUCCACUGAUGGACGACACAGGCCAUGACUUCUACGCGGAGGAGAUCACAGGCUUCUUCGUGGCUCCUUACACGGCGAACUACAGCUUUUAUUUGGCGGCCGACGACGAGGCAGAUCUCUCAUUAUCCUGCUGUGGCGACAUGGCUGGCAUGAAGGUCAUCGUCCGUAGCGAAAAGGUGGACUUCGCCAUGCCGCGCUAUACCCCGUUGGCAUGGUACGGGAGCUGCCAGGCGGCUGGCACGGGAUCGGACGAGCCGGAAUGCUCCAUCUCCAAGCCAGUUGAUAUGUCCGCCGGCGACCGUGUGCUCAUGCGUGUGCGCCACCGCGACCAUGUGGCAGCAGACUGGCUCCGGGUGGGCCUCCGGGUCCACAUGCCCAUCCAGUCUGCUGAGGGGUCCAUGCCGCCAGCCGAGAUCGUGAGGAGGAAGUCCUUCAUCGAAGUGCAGAGACUGACCAUGACGGCGAAUGUGGUGCGCGAGAGGCACCGGAUGAAUUUCCUCCGAGUCCUCACAGGCAGCUUCCGUGUGCGUGUACGCCGCUUCGCGCAGAACUUCCUUCGUGAGGGCGUCUCGGGCGUGCUGCGUCUGGGUGCUACUGCCGCGGAGCUCGCCCAGACACUUUGGGACACUAUGGAUCUCUAUGGAAGAGUCCUGGAGUGCGAGCCGACUCUUGAGCGAACGGAAGAUGCAGACAACGCAGUGUUGAUCUAUUUUGUGACCUUCCCCUGUCCACGGCAAGCAGACGGGAAUCCACAUGCCGACGCCCUGGACAUCGUGCCCGGUCUCGACGUCAUCGCCACCGGCCGAGAGGGAUGGGUCAUGAACUCCGCCCACUUGCAGUCCGCCUCCGAGCUCGUGCAGGGCAGUUUCCGGCUCCACUUUCGAGGGCAGUGGACGGAGGCCAUCUCGUACCAGGGCUGGCAAGAUGUCCAGCGGCAGCUUCUGAUGCUUCCGGGCCUGGGUGACGUUCGCAUUUGGCCUUUUGCAGAGGUGCUCCAGGAGGGCAGAGAAGGGUGGUCAGUGGGACUCCUACUGCCCGGGGAAUCAGGCGGUGGCGAGGACAUGCCCCAGAUUCACGUUGAUGGCUCCCGCUUGUCUGGUCCAGGCCUUCAGCCACUUUUGCUAGCUGCGGAAAACAGUUUGGUUUCUGGUGGCCUUUGCUUGCGUGAGCUCGAACAUAGCCGCUGCGCCGCUUUGCCUUCGACCUCCCGAACUUUCGACCUGGCGGUCCUUUACACGAUUCUCGAGCCCCUCUUCGCUGGCUUGGAAUUUAUUUUCCUUUGGCUGGCUGAAGCCGAGAUGGCGGAGAAGCAGGAGGAUUCUUUCUCUGGGGCCUGGGCGAAGUGCCCCACCUGGGACGGUUCGCCCUUGACUUGGCGGGCCUUCCGUCGAGAGAUGACCUGGUGGGUGAGUGCCUUGGAUCUGGAAAGCACGAAGAAGUAUAACUUGGCCGCUCGCUGGCUUUUACGCCAGAGCGGCACCGUCAGGCGUCGAGGGGAAGAAUUUCUUCCCGAAGAACUUGAAUAUCAACGCGAAGAAAGCGCCACCGACCCGGAUACAGGGGAAAUGGUGGUGCUGACGCCCGAGGACCCUCUUUCAGGUCUGAACAAGCUUUUGUCUGCAUUGGAAUCUCUGAACGGCCAGUCGGUGCUUGAUCGUCGCGGGGAACUUCGUACCCAAUUUUAUUUGCACCUGGCUCGCAAGCCGGCCGAAAGGGUUGCAGACUUCGCUUCGAGGUUUCGGAUGGCGGUGAGUGACCUGAAGGGUGAAGGCGUUCGCCUUCCCGAUGCUGAGGUUGGUUGGUUUUUCAAGGAGAAGCUGGGCCUGGAUGCUUUGAGGCGCCAACUUCUUGAAACAGCUCUUCAAGGAGCAGAAGGCUACAGCACUAUAGAGAGCGAGUGUCUUCGCCUCUUUCGUGACCUUCACCUGCAGGACCCGCUUUACGGCAAAAUGGAUCGCGGCCCCCCGGGCCGGCUGACUGUGCGCCGGAUGUUUGGCGUGCCGUCUGGGGCUCCUGCGUCUUCGGCCUCGACCUCGGCUCCGUCGGCGGCACCUUCCCGGAGGUCUUCCUUGCUGUCUUCGGCGCCGUCUUCUUCGUACAGUGCUGCCCGGCGCCCGCCUUUUCGACAGGCGCAAGUGGCCGAGCAGGUGGACUUCGAGGGCGAGCCUGAGACCGAGCACGCCGAGCCGGAAGUCGCGGACGAGCCUGAGAUUGACGAGCCGGCCUCCUUGGAAGAAGUGCUGCAGACUGAGGUGCAGAACCUGGCGGAGGAGAUUGCCGAGGCAGAGGAGGAAGGCAUUGACCCGCUCCACCUCGAGUCCUUGGAGCAGGGAAUAGAAGCAAGCGCUGAAGCUCUGGUUUCUAUGCGAGAGGCCAGGGUGAAAUUGGCCGAGAUGCGAAAAGACCGCGGCUUUCGUGGACCUCCUUCUGGUGGCGGCGCGCCCAAAGGGCGCGGAAAAGGCUCGGCAGCGAUCGCUGCCAAGAAGGCCAGUGGAAAACACGUCUGCUUUGACUGCGGCCUUCCUGGGCACUGGGCCGGAGACGAUGCCUGCGCGAAACCCGGCCAAGGAUUGGGCCGCACGAGGCCGAAAGCUGGCCCGGUGAAACAUGUGAAGCUCGCCGAGGCUGCCCCCGAGCACGAGAUGAUCCAGACCGAGGCGAAUGAGACCCAGGAGGUGCUCAUGAUUUCGGCUUCGUGCUCCCCUCCGGCUUUGAAGCGUGCCUUGGAUUUGUCAUCGGCCCGCGCGGCGGAGGUGCACGCGACAACGGCUGCCCGUGGACCGUCUGCUGACAAGGCCGUUGUGGGUGCACUGGACAGUGCUUGCAAUAGGACCUGUGCCGGGGAGCCGUGGAUCAAGAAUUUCGUUGAGCUUCUGCGCGAGGCCCCGGUCGAGGUGCAGGCCCUUGUGACCACCGAGCCGGAGACUGAGCAGUUCAAGUUUGGCAACGGCGGCAUUUUGCCCUCUACGUUGCGCUGGCGGUUGCCUAUUAUGAUGGCGGGCGAGCUGGUUUUGCUGUGGGUUUCCUCGGUGCCGGUGGCCACCUUAGGCCUGCUUAUCGGGCGCGAUGUGCUCGACGCUGUUGGCGGCAUCUUAGAUUUCUCGGAGCGCACGCUUUCUUGUCGAGCCUUUGGUGCCAAGACGGCCCGGCUGCUCCAACUGUCGGCUGGCCACCUGGCGCUGCCUUUGAUCCCCGAGUCGUGGCCGCACGUGCCGAAAACAAGGUGGCGCAAGCUUGGGCCAGAUGGGGUUCUGGAGACAGUGAUUGGUUGCAAGCAGUGGGCCCAGCAGUUGUUGAGAGGUGUUUCGCAUGCAGCUCCUGGCAGUGAAGAGCAUAGCCAUAACAUGACCGAAGCCAGCCUGACCUUGGGGCAGAUCGCUUUUGAGUACAAUGCGACUCUGUUGACCACGGCCCAAAGGAUGUGCACAGAAGUUGUGCCUGCGAUUGCCCCUGUUGCCUCCUCCUCUGUGGCGGUUCGACCCAAGGCCCUCGAGCUGCGAGUUGCCAGCCGUUGGCGCAGGAUGAUCAUGCGAGUGCAAGUGCGUUGGGCCUGGGCCAAAGAGGGGCUGCACUUGGCUUUGGUAAAGCGGCCCGACUUGCGCUACUUACCGUUUCCUUGGCCCUCGGUCUCUUCGGUGGCUAUGUGGAAAAGCCAGGCCGAGACAAUGUGUCAGCAUGGGGCCUAUCCUCGCCGCUGGCUGGGCCGUGGACUUUGGACGGCGAGCACCCUGGCAUCGAUGACAUGGUUUCGCGGCCGCUUCGGGCUGCCCUUUGCCUUCCUGGAGGACCCGUUCCUGCAAGGCAUGUUGGCUGUGACUUCAACGCGGGGCCGGGCGGCUCGAGUCAGGGCGGCGAUGGUGAAGGAAGCGGCGGAGGAGGCGUCCAAGGAAGCAGACCGACUCAAGGUGGCUCGGUCUUUGAUAGGCCCACGCGGCGGCCUGCCGACUUUGAAGGCGGAUUUGCUGCGCCUGGCUUCGCUUCUCAACGUGACCGUGGGCGAGAAGGACAAGGUGGACGACCUCAAGGCCAAGAUUCGCCCGAUGAUUGGGCUGCUCAAGGUCGACGAGAAAGCUGCUUCAAAGCCGGCAGCGGCACCCUCCUCCGCUUCUACGAGUUGCUUCUUGCGCCCUUCGUCGAGACCCACGCCGCCUACCUCGACCAACUUGCCUUUGCCAUCGGUGGCCCCGGUUUCCUUGCAGACUUCGGGACCCAUGCCCGGGGAAGACCCUGGCGUGAGCAUGAGUGUCUUCACGUCGUACAUGGAGGCCAUGGACCACCGAUAUCAGGAGAUGCUGGCCGCCGCCAGCGCCCAGCAACAAACCAUGCUCAACCAGGUGCUCCAGCACGUGAUGCAGAUGCAGAACGCCCCGCCGAUGGCCGACACCGAGAUGGAGGGCGACCCGGACUGGGCCAACGUGCACCCGCUGGAGCCCGAGGAGAACGAGAACGCCAACCGGAUGACGGACCCUCGUCGGGAGCAGCUGGGUUGCCUACAGGUGCGGCAUGCCUUGACAGCCGAGUACUUCGCGGGCUGCCGCCGAGCUCUCAACGAAACUUUCGUUUUUGAGGUGCCCUUGCUGGCUGCCGAAGCGGUUGCCCCCUUGGACGUGGUGAGUCGGCAGGCCUUGGUUCGAGGCCACACCAUAGCGGGCCCUUGGUUGCACGGCAGCGAGUUCGACCUGACUUUGCGCCAGGAUCGUCGGCGCGUGUUGGACAACAUGCUGGCCGAGCGUCCCUACUUCGUGGUUCUCACUGUGCCCGACCGCUCUUGGCUGCCUCGAGCUCGGCUUCGGCAGCACCCGGACGACCUCCGACAGCAGCGCACCGAGGCCCUGCUGUUGUUGAACUUCGCGGCCCGCCUUGCCAGAGAACAAGUUAGGGGGGGGAGACACUUCGUUUUUCGCCUUCCUUUGGCUUCGGCUGCCUGGCGGGCCCCUGCAAUGAGACGUUUGAAGCACGGCCUGGGUUUGCACUUUGUGACUGUGGGUGCCUACCGGAUCCUUACUUCGAGCCAGGCUGUUGUCAGCUAUUUGCUUCGGAAAGAUGUGGCCAAGGCUUGCUUGGAGACCCGUGUUGGACUCAGCCGUGCCCUGGUGGUCGGCUUUGAGAUGGAGUUUGACUAUGAGACGCAAUGUUUGAGUAGCCGCGCCUCUGGGCAAGAGUGCUAUCAGAUGACGGCCGUGCCGGGUGCGGUCGACUUCUACCACGAGGCCCUGGCCGUCGACGAGGGCGACCAGGACUUUGCGAUCGAGGACCACCCCGACACCGACGAGGAACCCGUGGAGGAGUUCAAGGGCGAGAUCACCCCGGCCAUUCGAGCGGCGGUGAAGCGAGUUCACGAGGCGACUGGCCACAAGCCGCCCAAGAGGCUGGCCCGUGCGCUCUUGCUUUCGGGCGCUCCUCCGGCUGCUGUUCAGGCCGCUCGGGAGCUGAAGUGCGAUGUUUGUGCUGAGCGGCGUGCGCCUCGAGCACGUCGAGUGGCAGGACUUCCGGCACCGCGCUCUGUUGGUGAGCAGGCCCAUGUGGAUUUGCUGGUGGCCGAGGACGCUGUGGGCCGCACUUAUGUGAUUGCUCAUGUCACCGAUGCGGUUUCAAAGUUUCAGCAGGCGGCCCUCCUUCCGGAUAAGAGCGCGGCCUCCGUGAUCGACUUCUUGAUGACCUCUUGGGUGCCGUUGCUGGGAACGCCUCGGCAGAUGAUAGCGGACCAGGGGCGUGAGUUUGUGGCGGCCGAGUUUCAAGACUGGUGUUCGGCACAUAGCGUGCUAUUGUGGCACGCCGCCGUGCAGGCCCCCUGGCAGAAUGGCCUGGCUGAACGCAGCGGUGGGCUGCUCAAGGCUCUGUUGGCGGCUGUCGUGACCGACAAGGUGGUGAUUGGAGAACGGGGCAUGCGCCGCGCCAUCGCCGAGGCGGUUGCGGCUUACAAUGCUGACCCAACGGCCGAGGGCGUCUCUCCCUUGCAGUGUGUCACGGGACGCCAGCCCUCUGGACACGGGUCGGUGCUGAACAACUUUGCCGGCCACCUUGCGCAGCACGGCCUGAUCGACUCCGACCCCAAUCUAAUGGAACGGCUUGCCUUGCGCGAAUCUGCUCGCAUUGCCAUGGUGAGGUUGCACUACAGCCAGAGCAUUCGCAAGGCAGAGCUGGCCCGGAGCCGAGAACCUACUUCCACUCAGCCGCCUUCUCCGGGGGAUGUUGUCUACUUUUGGCGGGCUCAGAAGCUUACUCGACGAGGGGACCCGCGUGUUUCGACAUCCUCGCGGCGCCGGCGGCUUGAACUUCGUCGUUGGCACGGGCCGGCUGUGCUCAUUGCCUUGGAGGCUUCGGGGGAGACGAAUUUUCCGACUAAUGCCUUCCUCUCCUACAAAGGCCAGGUGACGAAGUGUGCUCUGGAACAUGUGCGGCCGGCUUCUUCCUUGGAACAGCUCGCGGCCGGCACGUGGGAGGAGGCUAUUCGUGAACUGGUGGAGGAUACCUCGAAUGCUCGUGGUGGCUCUGCCUUACCUUCGGUACCUGAGGGCGAGCCUGUAGAGGAGGAAGUUGUCCCCGUGGUUUUGGGGAACGCGGCGCUAGAUGAACGGCUGCCCUCUCCUUUGCCACCGUCGGCUUCGACUUCGAGCCCUUCGACGGCAGUCAGCCCCUGGCAGUUCAACUUGGAGCUCGUGCGCUUAGCCGCGGUCAGCCGGGGGAUUUUCAAGCUGAACUCCGAGAUGCUAUGGAACGAGGCAUGCGUGCCGUUGGAGACGCCUCGGAAACAGCAGUACCACCACGACCUUCUAACGAAUCUCCUGGGCGUCCCUCUGGUUUUCCGGAAGCAGCAGUACCACGACCUUCUAGCGAAUCUCCUGGGGGCCAUGACUUUGACUAUGGAGCAGCUUUCCAAUUUGUCGCUUCCGGCCGGUCAGGUGCACCCUUUGCUUCGAGUGCAGGCGCAAGUGGAGCAGGACAGAUUGUCUUCAAGGGUAAACCUGGAGGAGGAGCGUGACCAUGGCACCUGGGAUGGACGUUGGUCGUUGCCUUCCAGGUCUCAGCUUGAGGCGGUGCAGUCCCUUGGGGUUCCUUUGCCCAGCGGCCUUCCCGAGGACCACGAGGUUUCAGCGGCGACGGCCCGUAAGGAGCACCAGUGGGGUCACAUGACAGCGGAGGAGCGCAAACUUUGGCACAAGGCGGCUGAGAAAGGCUGGCAAGCCUACGUUGACAACGAGGCGGUGCAGGUCCUCAACGUCAAGGAGUCGGCGGCGAUUCGCAAGCAGCUGGCCGCUCGCGGAGAGUUGGAGGAUUCUCGUGCCGAGAUUUGUCCUGACGGACAAGGGUUCAAGGACCGAGCCAACCUCAAUGGCGAAGUCCGGCGGGAUGCGCCGACGGGAGCGCGUUUGACCCAGCACCUGCUCCUCUGCAUCAUUGCCAGCAAGGGCAAGGCGUGGAAGAUGCUGUCGGCCGACGUCAAGUCUGCUUUCCUGAAGGGAGACCCUUAUGUUUCCCGAGAGCUUUAUAUUACGAAGACCAACCCGCGCGUGGGACCUGAGAUUCCGAUCCCUGAAGGUUGUUUGGCCCGGGUGUGUAAAGGCAUCUUUGGCCUGGCUGACGCUCCUCGUGAAUGGUGGCUUCGCUUGAGCCGGUCGUUGGAAAGCAGAGGCUGGACACGCAGCCCCUUGGACCAAGCUUCGUGGUUUCUUUGGGACAGCACCGAGCGAGAGGAGCUGCGAGGCAUGAUCGUCAGCCACGUCGACGACUUGCUGUUUGGGGGCGACCACGUGGCCGAGGCUUCGCUCCUUGAUGUCGGGUCUGAGCUCGGCUUCCGCGAGGUGCAGGUCGACGACUUUACCUGGUGUGGCAAGCGUUUUCAGAGGCGAGCGGACGGCUCUGUGACGUUGUCCAUGGAGAGCUACCACCGGAACUUGAAGGAGAUCCCGCUGUCUCGCCAACGCAAGGCCUCCUUGACGGCACCGCUUCUUCCUGACGAACGUCGCCGCUUGAGGGCGCUUCUGGGCAGUCUUCAGUGGUUGGUGGCCCAGCUCAGGUUCGACCUUCAGUUUCCGGUCUCGGCUUUGCAAGGUGAACAGCCAACUGUCGGCACCAUCCUCCGAGCGAACGCUCUUUUGGCAGAGUUUCUGCAGGAGCCUACGUACCAGAUGGUUUUUCAGCCCAUCGACUUGAACUCGGGCGGCUUGGUGGUGGUGACCGACAGCUCCCUCGGCAAUGUCACCCAGGCUGGUGCAGGGGAGGCUGCACCGCUUGACAAGGUGUACUCCCAGUCCUGUUACUUUGUGCUCUGGGCCGACGCCAACUUGCUAGCUGGGAGGCCUGGAAAGUUCAACAUCCUGGACACUCGGAGUCAUCGAUUGGCCCGAGUCUGUCGCAGUUCGUAUGCGGCCGAAACGCUCGGCGCCGAAGAAGCCUUUGACGUGGGCGUCUUGUGUCGUGGCUUUGUGGCUUCAGCUCUUGGGCGUCCUUUGGGUACCAAGCAGGACAUCGACCGCAGCCUGAACAGCGUGCCCCUUACGGUGGUUGUGGACGCCAAGGACGUGCACGACAAGGGGAACAGCGACACUUCGAGCUUUGGCUCUCAGAAAUCGUUAGCCUUUACUGUGGCCUGGCUGCGUUCGGUGUUGAAACGACCCAACACCUCUUUACGUUGGACCAGCACCAGCAACAUGUUCUGUGACGCCGGGACCAAGUACAUGGACGUGACCCACCUGCGUGAGACACUUCGCCGAGGAACCUGGAGCAUCACCUACAGCCCCAGCUUCGUGAAGCAAGUUGCCAAGGGCAAGAAAGCGCCUUCAGUUAAGCCUUCUGUCUCUGAGGAGUUGCCGGGCGACCCUGUGGACGGCAACGACCCCCUCAUGGGCUUCCUGCUUAAGUUUGCCGAGGUUCGUGGCUGGCAGAGCCAUGGUGCAACUGGGGUGAACGUGGCUCACAACGCGCGAGAGCUAGUUUGGCGAGCGUUGGAGCGAAAGACUCGCUACCUCGAAGAGGCAAACCAGCAUGGCCUCCUCAAGCUGGCUGCUCCUGUUUUGGUGACUUUCUUCACCCGUGUGCGUCUGUCCAUCGAUACGCUCGCGAACGGCUCCCAGGAUCUCUUCUUUGAGGAAAUACCAGCGGACUGGUUCCGGACUCCGAACUUGCAGCCUCAGGUGGUAGUGGAGAGCAACGGCGUGGUGGCAUCUGCAGAUGAUGUGUCUUUCCGCCGUUCCGAGGAUUUUACCCCGCGCCUGAUGGACCUGGAUCCCUUGGUGGUGCAGGUGGGCUCCGAGCUCUCACUACGCUUCGACCGCGUGGAUGGAAACCACCUCCGGGACGUGACCUUGCGCGAAGGAAUGAGGGCAAAACAGAACCCUGAAGCGAGCACCCUUCGUGCACUUCGUGCCGCUGUCAUCACCCUCAGCUCAAGCAAGCUGGCGCUGGUUUGCGAGAACGGCGAAGAGAGGAACUGUGGAUCUUUCCCGGAAGUCUGGAACGUGAUGUGCACGGUGCUCGAUGGCCGCGCCGGUGACCAGGAAGUGCAGGUCAUUGUGGACGCCCAAGGGCAGGCACAGUACACGAAUGUCACCAUUGCAAUGCCAAUGCCCAGCAUCGGCUUCGUUCCCCAGAUCGACCUGGUGCAGCCGUCCAUGGGAAGCUGGGCUGGUGGAACCGUGGUGGUGAUUGUCGGAUCUGGCCUGCAGGGGCCAGAGGCGUGUCAGCUGUUGACGUUUGGCAACAGCAGCCUGCUCGAAGUCUCCACCGACGUCUUCGAGGAUGAAAUGAUCGCGGAGGAUGAAUUCCCUGGGCGGAGGGUCCUCCGGUGCAUGGUGCCGCCUGCAGAACCCAUGCCGAUG